AUGUGGCCGAUUUUGUAUAUCAUCACGGAUUGUCUUUGCCUGUGGCUUCCCAUAAUCAUCGGUAUAUUGCACGUUUAUGAUGGGCGCCCUCUGGCGGACUGGCCGCUUCCAAUCACACGCAACGCCCUUAUCGCUUUCAUUUCAACUGCCUGUCGGACGGCUUUUAUCUUCUCAUUAGUGCAGGCUCUCGCUCAGCAACGGUGGGAUUGGUAUGAAAGCCCAAGGUCACUUGGCGAUUUUAGUGUUUUUAUGAGGCUUCGAGAGGAAUAUGGGGAAUCUGAUGUGAUUGCGAGAUGCAUUGGGUCGAGAAACAUGAGGGCAUUUAAUCCGUAA